UAUAAUAAUAUAAAAUAUUAUUUCGUUGCGUCGAACGUUAUUUUCUCUAUCAGAGCCGCAUAACCAUUUUUACACUGCGUUCAGACGGUAACGUCUUGUCCGCUGAAGUAUAAUUUGUCAACAAAUCGCCACUUCGUACGAUAAGUUUAUUUAUUUUGUUUUUUUUUUUUAUCCAAUUGUGUUUGUCGUUUAUCGCGCAAAAGAACAUAAUGAGUAUACAAGACUUCUUCAGAGGGCGUUAUGUCCUGGUAACCGGUGCUACCGGAUUUAUGGGCAAAGUUUUAAUCGAAAAACUAGUUCGGUCCUGUCCAGAUAUCGGUAAAAUCUGUCUUUUGGUGAGACAUAAAAAAGGAAAAGACACGGCUUCUAGAAUCAAAGAAAUUUUGGAUGCUAAAUUAUUCGACACUAUCAAACAACAAAAGCCGGGUCUCAUGGAAGAAAAACUGUUACCCGUGUUGGGUGACAUGACCGAACUGCGACUUGGGUUGUCGGACGAGGAGUACGGUUUUUUGGUGGAAAACGUUUCGGUCAUAUUCCACGUCGCUGCCAGUGUCCGUUUCGAUGAGCCGAUAAGGGAUGCGACGAUCAUGAACGUGAGAGGAACACGCGAAGUUGUGCAAUUGGCCAAGCAAAUGAAACAUUUAGAAGUAUUGCUGCACGUGUCGACUGCGUAUUGUAAUUGCAUCAGAGAAAAUGUCGAAGAAAAAGUCUACGAAUCACCAAUCGGUUGGCGAGAAGCAAUCUCGAUAGCGGAAAAUUUAGAUCCGACAUUGAGCAGUAUUUUAACAAAAAAGUUUUUAGGAUCGUUUCCAAACACAUACACGCUGACAAAAUUACUCGCCGAACAAAUAAUUAACGAAGAACGGAAUAACAUACCGGUGGUGAUAUUCAGACCAUCGAUCGUUAUAUCGUCGGUCAAUGACCCCAUCAAAGGAUGGAUAGAUAAUUUUAACGGACCGAUCGGACUCAUGAUGGCAUGCGGGAAAGGGAUCGUACGAGUGACGUACGGCGAUAAAUCGAUAGUUCCUGAUUACAUGGCCGUCGAUAUUUCCAUAAAAUCAAUGAUCGUAGCGGCUUGGCACAGAUCUAAAUCAAAUUGGUUGGAGAUGAAUGAUGCUAUUCCCGUUUACAACAGCGCAUCUGUAUCGAAAUCUGUAUCAAACGAAGAACUAUUAGAUUUGGGCAUGAAAACUCUUGAACAAUACCCAUUCGAUGAAAUGUUGUGGCGUCCAUCGAUUAAGUUUACGACCUGCUUUUACUACUAUUACAUCUCCACAAUUAUCGAGCAAGUCUUACCGGCGAUAUUUUUCGAUGCACUCUUGGACCUGAUUGGGAAACCGCACAAACGCUUAUUUCCUUUGCAACAAAAAAUCUAUGUUGUAACGAUGGCAUUGUCUUACUUUACCACAAAGUCUUGGAAAUUUGAAAACUCAAACUUUUUGGGAUUAAUUGAUAAGAUACCAGAUGACGACCGCAAAGAGUUUGACUAUGAUUUCAAAGAUGUAGACAUCACCGAGUUCAUAAAAAAUGCAACGAUCGGCUCUCAGAAGUAUCUGUUUAACGUCGACGAGUCAAAACUACCGUUUGCGAAAAAGCUAUUAAGCCGGUUUAUAUGGAUGGACAGAAUAUUAAAAGCAUUCGGUGCAACAACUUUGGUAUUCGUUUUAUUCUAUUUUAAUAUCAUACCAAGAGCAUUCUUCCCCAAUUUAUUUUGUUGUUUUUAAUUAAUUUAGCCGAAUUCUUGUUUUAAGAAUAAUUUACUUGUCGGGAAAAUUUGUUUUUCAUAUUUAUAUAAUAUAUAUGUGUGUGUAACUAUUCGGUAUGAUGAUUGUUCUUGUUUUUCGUUUCAAAAUAUUGUUACAAUAAUAAAUAGCCCUGAAUGUAAUAAUUUAGUGUUCACAAUAACUAUUUGAAAACCUCAUCAGGUCAACAUCAAAACGACAUAAAAUAACACGAUAAUUUAUACCAUAAAUAUAGUUGUUAACACUAAGAAUCAAUAUUAUAUUAGCUUGUAUUUUUUGCUUUUAUUUAUUUUAAUUUAUGUUAUAAUUAUUUAAAGUGAAAUAAAUAUACGUAUGGAGUAUCUACAUAUACCUA